AUGGCGGGGCAUCAUUCGCAGAUUCGCUCCAUCUAUGCAUCGAAUAGAUGGUUUGCGAUCGUUAUGGGAACAGGAAUAAUCUCGAUCCUUCUGUACAAGAUCCCUUACAAAGGCGCAUGGCUCUAUUGGAUAUCAGUGGCCAUUUUUGUCAUCGACAUCAUUCUCUUUGUUGUCUUUUCGUUAAUUUCGGCUCUACGGUACCUCUGCUACCCGGUCCUUUGGCGUGCCAUGAUCACUCAUCCCGUUGAGUCCUUGUUCUUGGCGACGUUUCCUAUGAGUGUGGGCAUUAUUGCCCAAGGAGUCGUGAACAUUUGUGUACCCGCUUGGGGUUCCUGGGCUGCAACUCCGGCCUGGGUAUUAUGGUGGAUUGAAGUUGUGACUUCUGUUGCGAUAUGCUUCUACAUACCAUUCAAUAUUAUGUCCAUCCACAAGACCGAUAUCGCGUCCGUGACACCUUUUUGGCUUCUCCCUAUCGUUUCUACCAUAAUAUGUGCGGCCACCGGCGGUAUGGUUGCAGGGGUACUACCGAGUCCCACCCAUGCCCUCUGGACCCUUAUAGUCAGCUACGUACUUUGGGGAAUCGGCAUCCCUCUCGCGCUCUUUACCCUCGUUCUCUACUACCACCGCUUGACACUCUACAGCAUCCCGCCACCAGCGGUUCUUUCUUCUAUAUUCCUCCCUUUGGGUCCACUGGGAGAGGGCGGAUUCGGCAUCAUGCAGCUGGGUGCCGUAUCUCGAACUGUAUUUCCACUAACAAAGACCCUAUCUCUUGCACCAGAUGCGGGAGACAUCGUUUUUGUCUUGGGAUUCUUCACGGCGCUGUUAAUGUGGGGAUUCGGGCUUGCAUGGCUAUCCUGGGGAGCAAUGGCUUGUACACGGACGAUACCACCGUUUAACAUGGGCUGGUGGAGUAUCGUCUUUGCGAUAGGUGUUUUCACCGGGUCUACUAUUACCUUAGGCGAAGAGAUGGGAUCAAGGUUCUUUGAAAUUUUGGGAACAACAGCAGAGACUCACUUGCUGGCCCCAUUGGGGUUGUUGGCCCCUGAUGGCUUUGACGAUGCCGACGAUGUCUUUGACGACGUCGAGAAUGUCCUUGACAAGAGUCAAGAACUCCAGGACGUUCUUGAGAACGGGAAUGGCUUCGGCGACGAAGCCGGGCAUGGCCGCAGCGACGGAUUUGACGGCGGCGAGCAUGGCGGGCAUGCUGGCGGCGGCGGUGGUGAUGGUGGUGGUGGUGAUGGUGGUGGUGGUGGUGGUAGCAGCAGCAGCAGCAGCAGAAUCCCACGGAAUCUAGCGCCUGGGAACGACGACGACGACGAUGYAAUGGCGGCUGGGAACGACGACGACGACGACGACGACGACGACGAUGCAAUGGCGGCUGACCAGGUGUACGAACUUCGGUAUUCUAAGGCGGUGGUUGAGGGUUUGAUGUGCGCCAGAAGGUUGAUGCGAUCAACGCUGAAUGCUGGUUGUGGGGAUCUCAGUGCAGCAGCGGUUCAGCCUGUUGGGAACGACGACGACGAUGCAGUCUACUCUCGGUAG